CACGAGAGCAAACCUCGAGGAUUCGUCAGGUCGGAGGAAUGUUUUCUAUUCCGAAUCAUACAACAUUGCUGGUCUCCUGAAAGACUCUACUCUCGAAGAGGCAUCGCGGCCAGUGUGAACCUCAAGCCCGGAGGGAGGAGGAUGGCCGAUAACUUCUUACAAGGAAUGACCGAGCCCGGAGGUUUCUUGAGCACGAUCACAUCUAAUGAAAACCUAGCCAUAGCUGAGCAGCUGGGUCUCUAUCUCACCCUGAACCAUUUCGAGGGUGCUGAAAAGUUCUACAGACAGAUUGUCGGCUUGCGACUCGCCAAUCAAGCGCUGGAACUCUUUCAAUCGGGUCCUCUGGACACGACCGAGCAGUACCGAAAUGAAGCGCUCAUGGCGAUUGCUCAGUAUGUGAAGUCUAAUCCCCGCUGUCGGGAGGACGAGCUCCAAGCCGAAAUUUGUCGGCAAAUUCAAAUUUUCGCACAAAAAAUUCAGUGACGACUCCGAUGAGGAGUCAAGAACUCAUAUCCACACGGCUCCUCCCCGUCUAUCGUUCCGUAAAUGAGCAGAGAAAACUAUCG